CUCACAUCCGGUCCCACACUUUAAGAGCCGAGGGUCUCCUCGUUUCAUUUUACAUUUCUUCUGAUCGUAGAGAGAAAAAGCCAUGGCAAGAACCAAGCAGACCGCCCGUAAGUCCACCGGAGGCAAAGCCCCCAGGAAGCAGCUGGCCACCAAGGCAGCCCGGAAGAGCGCCCCGGCCACCGGCGGCGUGAAGAAGCCUCACCGUUACAGGCCCGGUACCGUGGCUCUGAGGGAGAUCCGUCGCUACCAGAAGUCCACGGAGCUGCUGAUCCGCAAGCUGCCCUUCCAGCGCCUGGUGAGAGAGAUCGCUCAGGACUUCAAGACCGACCUGCGCUUCCAGAGCUCCGCCGUCAUGGCUCUGCAGGAGGCCAGCGAGGCCUACCUGGUCGGCCUGUUCGAGGACACCAACCUGUGCGCCAUCCACGCCAAGAGGGUCACCAUCAUGCCCAAAGACAUCCAGCUGGCCCGGCGCAUCCGCGGAGAGAGGGCUUAGACUGGCUGCUGCUCCACACACACCACAAAGGCUCUUUUAAGAGCCACC